AAGACGGCGGCCCCAGCUGCAGACCGUCUCCUGCGUCCCGCACGCCACUCACCACUCGCCACUCUAUCUCGGCCUUGUCAACUGCGAAGCGACAACCGCAUGUCUGCUGAGGCUCGCGCCGCGACAUAUCGUACGACGGAUUGGUUAGUCAAGCCCUUGUGGUUCGACGACGGAAACGUGAUCCUCGUCGCUGAUGGACUACACUUCCGCGUCCACAAGAGCAUGCUCUCGAUGCACUCACCUGUGUUCCGGGACAUGUUCAAGCUGCCGCAAUCCGACACUGGCAAGAAGUCAGCCUCCGAGUUCAACCCAGACAACCUCGACGUCGUGCGUAUGCCGGACAACGGAUACCAAUUCAUCUAUCUCCUGAAAGCCAUAUAUGAGAGAUCGUUCUUCCAAGCGAAUAAGGCAGUUGGUUUUUCGGACGAGAUAGCAACGAGCAUCAUCGUCCUCGCAGACAAGUACGACAUGCAGGACCUUUACCGUGAGGCCACCCACCGCCUCAGUGGACUUCCAUACCCUACGACCUUCGCAGCCUUCGAAGUCCGGCAAGCACGCCCGCAUACAACACCUGCUCACUCGCCGAAAGCGCGGCGGGUCAACAUCACGCUGGAACCAUUCUUCCUCAUCAACGCCGCACGACGGUUGCAGACAAGAGAACUGCUGAAGAUGCUCCCCAUAGCGUUCUACUUUGCCACCAGCAUGACCACAGAAGCACUGACGGAUGGGGUGGCGCGCAAGGUCCUGCACAAGACUUUGGGGGAUUACGGACGAGAAGUCCUUGAUCCUGAAGAUACUCGGCGGUGCAUCGAGGCGAAGCCUAAGCUCGUGAAGGCGAGUCAGGACGCCACACGGUGUUUCUCGUUGGAUACCGCAAACCUCAGCCCAGCCUGUGCAGCAAAGCAACGCAGAAGCCCGUGCCUCGUAGCUCUGGAGCGGUUAUCCCAGGCAGCCGCCGGAGCAGACCUAGCGAAUAAUACAUCACCCCUGAAGUCUAGAGAGGGAUGGUUCGACAAACGCUGCACGGAUGCGCCAAUGAACAAGCUUUGCAAGGAUUGUCAAGCACAUAUCAAGCGUCUUCACAAGGAAGCAAGAGAGAAGGUGUGGAAUGACCUCAAGAAGUUGUACGACCUCGAGGCGUGGCCGUGACGAGUCGGACGGGAUCGCAGGUGGACAACCAAGAACUCACAGACAUUGU